AUGUCAGAAUUAGAUUAUUAUUGGGAUUUAUCAUCAAAUAAUCCAGAAUUACGUGAAAAAUCAGCUUUAAAAAUUAUUGAAAAUGUUCGAUUAACUAUCCCUAAAAAUCCAAAAAAACAAAAUUAUAAGGAUCCAGAACAAAUUUUAGAAAACCUUUUAGGAGAAAAUGGUUUUUAUGCAUUAAAAAGACUGGUAAAAGGUCUUUCAAGUAGUAGAGAUCAUAGCCGGUUAGGAUUUUCAACAACAUUAUCAGAGUUUCUUUCAGAAUUUAAAGAUAUAGAUGUGGAACAUGUUGUUAAGUUAAUUGAAAAAUAUACAGCAAUACAGGGGAAUCUUUCUUCAAAUGAAGAAAGAGAUUUUUUGUUUGGUAGAUUAUUUGGUUUGAAAGCAAUUUCAGUCUCUAAAAUACUUCAAAAGACAAAAUCUAUAGAAAAGAUUGAAAAUAUAAUUAGCAUAUUGGUUUCAUUAUCUUUAAAAAAAGGAUGGCUUAGAGAGCCAUGUUUUUCUGUGAUAAAUAAUAUAUUAAUACAACUUAAAAGUCAUGAUCAGUCUCAUGAGAUUUAUAGUAUGGUACUAAAAAAGAUAUGUGAUUCAAAACUCUCCAAAACACAAGAAGGAGUUGCAAUAAUAUUAACAAUUCAAAAAAUCAUUAAAAAUUUAAAAUCUAUUGGAGAUACUCAAUGGAAUCCUUUGAGUCCACUUGAUUCUUCUAACUUGGAAACUUUGGCUAAGGUUCUAAAAGACGUUAAUAUUGACUCAGAAACAAAACAAAGAGGAAACUGGAGCACAAAAUUACAUUUUGUAUGGGACAUAAUUAUAGAAAUAUAUACAUCAGAAACAAGCAAUAUUGUGAAUUUAUCAUUUUUAGAUUUCUGGACUAAAAUUAUCGAUGAAUCUUUUUUUUCAGCAACAUCAUCUCUUGAAAAAAAAUUUUGGGGAUUUCAAAUAUUUAAUUUAACAUUACCUAAAAUUGAAAUUUCAGAUAUAUCACAUAUGUUUUCUAAAAAUUUUAUGCGAUGUUUUAUAAAUCAUUUAUCGAAUAAGGAUAGAUAUUUAAAUAAGAUUUCAAACAAAGUGCUUCUAUGUAUACUUUCUGUGGCUGAUACUCGAAAAGAGACUAUUCUUCCAAUAAUUAAAUCACUUUUGGGACCUUUAGGUGCUUUAAAUUUUGAUAAAAUCACGAAAACCAAACUUAUAGAAUCUUUAAUUUCUUUAUCAACUGAAAAAGAAUUGUGGGAUAUUUUACAAUUACUAAAGACAAUUACAUGUUUUCCUCAUUCGAAAGAUACAAAAGAUAUAGAACAAAAACGUCAGAUUUCAAUUGAUAUUAUGCUUAGUAUUUUAAGAAAUAAGAAAUGCAAUAAAAGUAACGAGUGGAUAACAGAUUAUAUUACAUUUUUUUCAACUUAUGGAUAUUUUAAUCUUAAGUCAAACUCAGAAAAUUCGUUUUCUUCUAAUACAAAAAUUAUAUUAAGAUCUCGUCUUUCAUCAUCUCUUGCAUAUUUGAAUUCUCAAAAUGAAUCUAAUAUAAAAUCUUGUAAAAAUAUCCAUGAACAAAUUUUUUGGUCUUCUUUUGUUGUUAAAUUAAUCAUUUCUUUGUCUAAAUCAGAAAAAUAUGAUUUAUCAAUAAAUAUGGAUCCAGAAAUUCAUGAUCUUAAAAAUAAAUCCAUAAAAAUUUUUAAAAAAAUUCUGAAAAAAAAAUCUAAUUCACAAGGAAAUAUACUAUAUGAACUUUUUGCUUUUGAAUUAUUAUAUUCAUUAUCAAUUAUACAACUUCAUAAUGAUGAUCCAGAGGCUAGUUCAGUUCUUAGAGAACUUAAAAUAUGUUAUAAUAAUUUUUUUAAAGAAAAAACUAAACCUGAACCUAAUGAAGAUACUGUUGAAGUUCUUACAGAUAUUCUAUUGGGAUUUUUAUCUAAACAAUCUAUUUUACUUCGAAAAUUGGUUGAACAAGUAUUUACAUAUUUUAUAUAUAAAAUAAACAAUAAGUGUCUUUCUUUAUUAAUAAAUGUUCUUAAAGCAAACGAAAAUUCGUUGAAAAAUACAUUAUUUCAAGAAACAGUUUCAGAUGAAGAUUAUGACAAUACUAAUAAUAAUCAUAAAUUAUUAAAUAAUAAUGAAAACGAUACAGAUGAUUUGGAUGAUGAAAUUAGCGGUAUUAAAAUAGAUAAUGAACUUGAGAAUAUAGUGAAAGAAGCUAUAAAUAUUCCUACUGAAAAUACUGAAAAUGACUCUCAAGAAUCUGCAAAUGAUCAACAAAUGUUUGAAUUAGAUAAGCAUAUAGCAGAUAUAUUAAAGCAAAGAAAAAAUCAAAAAAAUAAAAAGAAAAUUAUUAAUAUUAAAAAUAAUACUAUUGAUUUUAAAAGUAAAGUUUUAGAUAUAUUAGAUAUUUUUCUAAAAGCACGAAAUGAAGAUCCUAUCAUUUUCAAUUUAAUUAUUCCAUUAUUGGUUUUAAUACGUACUACUUCGAGCGAUAUUAUUUUAAAUAAAGCUCGAAAUUUAAUUGGAAAUAGAUUAUGCAAAGCAAAAAUUAAUAUGGAUAAUCUUAACAUUGAAACUAUUUUUGAUAUUCUUAAACAAGUACAUGGAGAUGGACUUAAAAUAAAAAAAAAGGUUCUAGGAACAGCACAUAGUCAGUGUAGUAUAUUCCUUAUUAAAAUAAUUAUUUCUAAAGAUAUAAAUUUAAUAAAUCGAGUAUUAAAAGUGUAUUUUAAUACUUUUAAUAUUUGGAUAACAAAACGAAAAAUAAAACUUCAUACUUCAUUCUUUACUGAUUUGAUAAAUUGGGGUAAUCAGUUUAAACAGGAAAACAAAAAGAUUAAUAGUAAAAAAAGAAAACUAAGUGUUAUAAUAUAA